CAAAUCUGGCUAUAUGCUGAAACCUCCGCCGAGUAUCCAAUAAUGAAUGCGUCGGUGCGGACAAUCAGCAGGGAAGGAAGUCUAAGACCGUAAAGCCUCAACGACUGCACGCCAGACAUCCCAUAUAUAUAAGAUGGGAUGAUGAUACAGUCUGAACUUCCAGGCGACUGGAAGCUCAAGCGUUUCGCUUGGGAUCUAAUCAAUACUUCGUGCCUCCAGGCUCAGGCUUGAUUUAUCAAAGUGUAGGUACUUGACCUAUCAAUUUUCAUUUCCAAGCGGGAUUAGAUUAACACAAUUGCCUAAAGAGUAACGGAGACGCGCGAAGGGGGUUCGUAGAUGUUUGGGAGGAUAUGGUGGAGGUUCCGCCGGAGCCGCAGGUCGGCGCUGUCUCUGAGGAGGUGUAUGACAUCGACAUGGCGAUCCUCGAGGAGGUGGAGGCAGAGAUGCGCAGUUGGAGCAAGGAGGGGGGGGAUCAUGGUAGUGCGCGACUAUUGCAGGGGCGGAACUACGAGGACGAGGACGCCGAGGACGUCAUUUACGAGCUGAAUGACGUCUUGGAGAGGAAGGGCAUGAUUGAGGAGAUUGCGACAGCAGGGAAGGGGAAGGAGGUAGUGCGUGACGACCCUCUAAUCUCUCGUGUGUGGGACAGGUGGUGGGGCCUUGACAUUGUAAAUGACCUGGAUGGCUACCUGCACGACUCCAGACACACCCUUCAUAUGAUGAAGGACAUUCAUGAGUGUCGCAUACCGGAUGAGGGGAGUGCAGGGGUUCAGCGACUAUCGUGUGGAUACGGGCUUUACUACGACCACCUUCGACGGUGAGGCAGGCUCUAGUGCAGCUACCACAGAGGUGUUGAGCGGGGGUAUUGGGGGUGGCUGAGGUAGCCAGACGUGGCCCUCCCUUCUACAGAUUUCAAGGGCAGAGAAAACAAAUUAGGGCCCCGUAU